AUGACAGAGCAUCCCAUGCCGGUGCCAACAAUCUCGGACUUUCUGCCGCCAGCCUGCAUUGCUGGCACUGGAGAAGGCGCAAUCCUUGGAUUGUGUUUGUAUACAUGCAGCUUCGGCUACUGUCCCAUCAAUCUUUGUACCUGUACUAAAACAGGCCCACUUAUACAACCGCCAGCCCAGAGCAAGAGUGCUGGUAUGGCAGCUCCCAGCCAGCCUAAGAAGUUUGACCACCUCUGUGAUUUCACUUGUUGCAGAGGCUACCGCUACUGGCCACCUGGAACCUGUAUAUUGGAGGCGGAGCAGGAAAUUAUGGAGGCGAUUGCCACGAGCAGUUAUAAUAUUUCUGACUUCGCCGCCUUUAAUCUUACCAUCCUAGUGACGGUGCUAACUGGCGAGGAUGGGUGCAACGCUGACCAGAAAAGGCAGAUCAGACUGGGCUGGGUAGAGUCCUGGAAGAUCAUGAAUUACAUAUAUAAAGGUGGCCAAGGCUGGCAUUGA